GAGUGGAGGAGGAGGAAGUGACGUUUUAACGUUCUGAGCGGUCGGGUGUAGAGCUGUGUGGGAGCCUCGGAGAGGAAGGUGCGCGCGAGUCUUCGGAGGGAGGCUGCUCGAGAAAGUGUUGCCGUGUGGAUUUCUGCAGCGUCGUACAUUUCUGUGAAUACUAGUUUAAUUGGGAGUUUGGCCUCUUCUGCCUCUAUGUACCAUGAGCCCAACUGAUGCCAAGCGUUGUGCCAAGCGCAAGAAGAAUAAGAAGGGCAGUGGCCUAGGCUUAGCGUGUAUCGCUGGUGCCCUGGAGAUCAAGCCUGCAGGGUCUGCUGCUUCAACCCCUGCUUCUCCCUCUUCAUCCCCAUCAACCUCCUUUGUGGCCUCCUUGCAAAUGGCUGCUGCUGCAGCAACAGUUUCUAGCACUGGAAAUGAUCUGGUAGCCACUCCUAUGAUUUCCAGUGAAAGGAUGGGGAAGACCGAGCUGCCCAAAAAGCGCUGUGGAGGGACAAUUAAUUCUAGACAAACACGCAAGCAAAGUAGAAUUGCUGCUUCAGCUGCUGAAGCAGCUUCACAGGCCGCUUCACAGGCAGAGCCAAUUGACCUCGAAGAAGGUGCUUGUGAAGAAGUCGUAGACCUUACUUGUGAAUCUUCAGAACCAGUAGUCGUUGAUCUGACACACAACGAUUCUGUUGUGAUAGUUGAAGAAAAUGUUCGACGAAGAAAUCAAGAGUUAAGGCAACAACUGCCUGACAGCUGUGUACUAAGUAGUGACGAUGAUGACGCAAGAGAUAAUGAUGUGGUGCUGACUGGUACAUUGCCCAGAGAAUUAGAAUUGCUUGAUGAUGGAAUUUCAAAUUCACGGCGUUCAGGUACCGUGAGUUGUCCAAUUUGCAUGGAUGGCUACUCUGAAAUUGUGCAGAGUGGGCGGCUCAUUGUAUCAACAAAGUGUGGUCAUGUCUUUUGUAGUCAGUGCCUCCGUGAUUCGCUUAAAAAUGCUAAUUCUUGCCCAACUUGUAGGAAGAAGCUUGGUUACAAACAAUAUCAUCCAAUUUAUAUAUGAAGCUUUAAAUUCUUCUCUGAAGACUCUAACUUGAACUUCUAUGGAUCCUGCAUAAACUUAUACCUCUGCAAACAAAGGGUUAUAGAUCACAUAUGUGCCCACUUGUGAAGUUGAUUUGUGAACUUUUCUAGUUGGCCUUUUUAUUGGCCAGUCCUACUCAUGGGCUUUGUUUUGCUUUGAUACUCGUACCAACGCAUUUGCUGAAGAACAGUGUGUGAGAAGCAACUAGUGUUGCUGUGUUACUUUCAAAGAACUUGCCUGAAACGUUUGCAAAAUGUAUUGACCACUUUGGGGGACAGUGUGAAUGCAUUUUGUUCAGGACUUUGGAGUCAUUAUGAUCAUGAUAGUACAAGUAAAAGUGGCAAACGACUUUUGUGCUGUUCACUCUUUAAGAAUUGAUACCAAAUGUUAUCUCUUUACCCAUGAUGAGCCUCCUUUUGUGGAAACUUCAGAAUUUCAUAUGGGACACGACUUUAUAAUCAUACUGCAACACACUUGCAAUAUCAGAUGUGUAAAUACUGUAUUUGGAUGCAUUUUUUAAGCAACACAGAAGACAAAGACUAUCUGUAAGAAAUACUUGGCUGUUACAGCCAUACCUAUAAGCAAAUAUUGUAUGUGCACACCUUACAUCUGGAGAGGGGGAGGAGGUGUGGUUACUUAUCUUGGCCCUGUUAGAUACUCAUGAUAUAAUGCUAAACAUCUUUAUAUCAAACAAAACACAAAAAACCUUAAUGAUGUACUAAUUAGUUAACAUUUUAAGAAUCUUCUGUUGCGGACAUGCUUAAUCGUAAGUGAUUCAAUCUUCAGUGUUUUGAAAACUCUCACAUCAUGGCCUGCUUGCCAUUUGACAGUAUUCAGAAUGUUGUGCAGCUUUCUCAGAUCUGGUGCCCACCAAAUGUUUUGGACUGCAACUCCCAUCAUCCCCAGUUAGCACAGUUGUUCUGGCUGGGACUGAUGAAAGUAGUAGUAGUCUGAAGCAUCUGAAGGGCACUAGGUAGGGGACAGCUCAUGCUAUAUGGAAUUUAGUUACUUUACUAAGUUCAGAACUAAGCAUUUUCUGAUGACUUUCUAUUUUCAUGUGUAAAGCUGUGGCAUAUUAGGUUCAUGGGAUUUCUGUAUCACUGAUAAGUUUCUCAUAUUCGUUACAGUGCAGCUUGGAGUCUGUCCGCAAGUCCAUUUUCUGAGCUUCAGAUUAUUUCUUCUGUAAGGGAAGCACUGGAAAUUGCCCCACCCCAAAACAACAACAUGAACCCAGUACCUCCAUCAGCAGGGAGAAAAGAGCUGUGCAAGCUGCACAAACACAGGCUCUGUCAGGAACAUACUGAAAAAACAGGAACGAUGGGUCCUUACCUACACUAAUAUGCAAUAAGUCAAUUAAAGUAUACAAAAUGUAAUAGUAUAAGAUCAGAAGUGUACAAAUAUUAGCAAGCAUUUAAAAUAGAAUAUUUGCUCAUUGUUGGAGCUGUAGAGAAAAUUUUAGAUGCCUUCUAACCUCCUGGGUUAUGAUAGAAAAGCUAAGUUCAUGUUAAGAAGUUUAAAUAUGCAGAAAAUUGUACAGUUAAAGGGUCACGAUUUUUAGCUUUCACUGAUAUAGGUAUCCUUCAGAGGUGCUGGCCUCAUCAUAGGUGCUUUAGGCAUUUGACUCAGGGCUGCAUCUAAAUGACCAAACCAUGUGAUUAUGCUACCAGUGUAGCUGAGCACUUUAGAUGCAGCAUGUGUUGCUUUCAGAUUGCAGCUCCUGCACCACUGAGAAUUUUUAAGGCCACAAUAAUUGUAUAAUGGAGUUUGAGAAAUGUUUCAUCUUUUACCAGCUUAGCAAAAUAUCUCUCACAUAUUGGGGAUGCUUUGGUUCUUCAUAAUUUAUAAAAAGUUCAAGUUUGCAAUCUUCUAGUAACUGGUAAAAGCCAUUUCAGCAGGCAUCUGGAAAUGUAUCAAUUCAAACAUCAGCCAUUAAAUCUUAAUACUGUACACUCUAAAGUCCAUGGCAAAAUAGGUAUCCAUCUUGUCAGAGGCAAGACAGGAAUUUUGAGGAAGUAAUGAUGCAGUUUUACAGAGAGUUACUUGUAAGUUCCAUUGAGUGGAACUGAAUGGAAGCCUGAAUGAGGCUUAUUUUUCAUCUAAUGUGUUGGAUUACAUCAGGAGUUAUAAAUUAUUUAAUAAACCUAUUUCCCUAGUCUUAAGAGGGUGUGCAGUUAUAUUCAUGCUUUAGUAGUAUAUUGUUUCAUAUGGUAUACCUCUACCUGAAUAUUUGAUUAACAAAAAAGGGUGCUAAGUUUGAAUGUUCUAGCUACAGAGUACACAGUUCUCAGCACUAACUUUAAAUUUAGCACACUGUAGGUCCACCUGGUUCUGGCUUUAAACUAUAGUUUAAUGUUACCUGAAUAAGCCUUGGGCUCAUCAAUUGCUCCUUCCCCUUGUCUGUGUGACAGUGAGGAAGCUUUCACUUUCAUUUUUAAUUAGCAACAGUUCAGCAUUAUGUCCAAACAUAGAAAAGUGUUUAGUCUUCACUGUACGGUGGAACCUCAGUUGUUGAAAGUAAUUUGUUCUGGAAGACCGUUUGACUUCCAAAAUGUUCAACAGCCAAGGUGCAAUUGCCGGUUGGCAAAAUCCAUUGAAAAAAUGUGGAAACCCGCCUCUGAAGCUAUUCAGCUUCCGAGGCGCGUUAGAAAACAGAAGCAUUUACUUCUGGGUUGUCGGCGUUUGAAAGGCAAAACGUUCAACUUCCAAAGUGUUUGACAACCAAGGUUCCACUGUACUAUACUAAAACAACCCAAGUUCCACCACAAAGUUGAAUUGUUUCAUUAAUCCAUAGUUGAGAUUACCCAGAGUUUAGUGUUUGGACAUAAAUCACUGUGGUUGAUUUAUAAUUGAACUGACAUCUUCUAUUACCCUCUUCACUGAAAGAGUGGGGAAGGGAGCACAAAAGCCUGAGGCAUGUGCAUGUAACACUGAAUCAUAGUUCAGUGUUGUGUCUGAACAAGGCCAUUCUGUCUGCAUUGUCAAAAACCAUUUUGGUUUCAGGGCAAGUGAUACUGGCUGAAGAUGCAUGGAUUUAAGAACGAAUAUUCAAUUCUCUGUUGCCUCUCUUUUUCCAUUUGUAAAUUUGUAUAUUUUUUCUUAUUUAAAUGUAUUCCUGUGUGUAUAUCAGCUUUGCUUUUUGGAAUCUUAAUUUGGCAAAUAAAAUCUAGGCAAAUAAAUUUUAA